GUUCCUAGUGACAACACAGCAAGCAACAUGAACACUAAGAUAUUGAUGGUGUUGGUGGUGGCAGCCGUGGCAGCAGCAGACAGCAGGGAAAGAUUCGCUUAUGGUCCCCCUCGAGCAUUCUCAGCUGAAUCCUAUGAGUCUAGUGAGGCUCGGUACAACUUCAACUAUGCUGUGAAACACGACGACUCCGGCAACGAUUUCGGUCACCAAGAGACCCGCGACGGUGACGACACCAAGGGGUCGUACUAUGUACAGCUUCCCGACGGUCGUCUGCAGACUGUGACUUACUUCGUGGACGGUGACUCAGGCUACGUGGCUGAUGUCCAGUACCAGGGAGAAGCUCGCUACCCUGACUCUGAUGAGUCUAGGGAGUACGCACCACCCAGGCCCCGAUACUUUGCCCCUGAUUCACAUGAGUCUCGUGAGGCUCCUGUUUACUCCCCACCCAGACCCAGGCACUACUUCCGUGACUCUAAUGAGUCAAAAUAAUCACUCCAGUGUCCACCUCCCUGAUCUAUUCUACCCAUUCCUGAAAGACAAUUUAUGUCAAAAACAAAUGCAAAUAAUUCCAUAAAUCAACUGGGUUAUUUCUUUGUUAUUUAU